AUGACCAUUCCGGCAACACAAGCAGCUGUUAUCUUCGAAAAGUCGAAUGGUCCCCUUAUCUACAAAACGGACUGGCCAGUUACCCAGGCCAAGGAAUUGAAACCAGGCGAGGCACUGGUCAAGAUCACCCACUCUGGUGUUUGCCACACCGAUUUGCACGCUCUCAAGGGUGACUGGCCCCUUGAUACUCGCCUCCCUCUUGUCGGUGGCCACGAAGGUGUGGGGACGAUUGUGGCUAUUGGCGAAGGCACUACGACGAACCGCAAGAUUGGUGAUCGCGUCGGCAUCAAAUGGCUCGCUGAUUCGUGCUUGGAUUGCGAGGUUUGCCGUCGUGGACAAGAGGCAACGUGCUCCAAUGCUGUUUGCUCUGGGUUCGCCGUGCAUGGUACUUUCCAGCAAUACGCAGUCAGCUAUGUGCGACAUCUCACUCCCAUUCCUGCUGGCCUCGAUCCCGUUCAAGCUGGCCCUAUCCUUUGUGCUGGCGUGACGGUUUGGAAGGCUAUCAAACAAUCCAACACCAAUCCGGGCGACUACAUCCUCAUCUCCGGUGCUGGUGGUGGACUUGGCCAUCUCGCACUCCAGUACGCAGCUGCCAUCGGUCUCCGACCAAUUGCCGUAGACACUGGUGAGGAGAAGCGCAAGCUGUGUAUGGAACUUGGUGCCGAAAAGUUUAUCGACUUCCGCACGAGCCAAGACAUUAAAGCCGAUAUCCGUGCCGCGACAGAUGGACUUGGGCCACAUGCUGCGGUCAUUGCCUCUUCGUCUGCUGCUGCGUACAAUGAUGCUCUCGAGUAUCUCCGCAAUCAUGGAACUCUUGUCGCUGUCGGUCUCCCAGCGGACUCGUAUAUCAAGGCCAACGUCUUCUGGACCGUCUUCCGUGCUCUUCGUAUUGUCGGUUCGUAUGUCGGAAACCGCCAAGACGCCAUCGAGGCACUCGACUUUGCUGCGCGUGGAAAGGUCAAGGCCAUUGUCAAAGUGCAGCCACUCAAGAGCCUCGCAGAAGUCUACGAGGGAAUGGAAAAGGGCACUGUCAGCGGUCGCAUCGUUUUGGAAACAGGUGCCUAA